CCAGAGGACACAGAUACUGCACAUGUUUGUCUAGUCUGCAAUGCAAAUAUAUAUGCAAAGAGUAUGUUCAUUUAAGAUUUGGCUAAUUUAGCCACAACGAGGCCUUAUGAUACAUUGUGCAAAAGGCAUGGUUGCUUCAAGGAGAGAAAUGUUUACAUUGGUGAAUCAGCAUUAUGGUUUCCGCAGUAGGCUAUAAGAAGCGUGCAUAUCGGCAUUCUGCGCGUUGGACCGUGAGACUUCGCUGUGCUCCAUGUGAUGAUGUGUAUCUUGGCUGUAGGCUAAUAUCCGGGUUGGUGGAGAGGCGGAGGGAGUGACGCUACGGUGAUUUCCAUUUUAAAAACGCAAGAAUACGAGUACGGAGCAAUCGCCGCAGCAAGAAAAAUAAUCAUAAUCGUAACUAGGAAUAUGAUUGUGCCGGCUGGACGAAGCAGACGACAAAACCGUCCGCGGAAUAUGGAUGCUGAAUUUUCGAAGUUCUUGAUUUAACUCACGAGUCAUAUAUUGCGCUGUUUCAUCUAGUUUAUCCAUCCCACUUCUAUUACUAGCAUGGAAAAGACAUUCAGCGGUGCACAUCCCGGGACUAGCAAAACCAACUCUGUGUUCUCCGCAGAACGUACGAACUCUGCUAGAAAGAUCGGGCGAACACACAGCCCGGGCUCGGUGUCAGUUGGUAGUCCGGCUGGAGGGACGGGGAAUCGGGGACGAGUAGCGGGGAACAGCGUCAGUCUGCAGCAGGCACACAGGGGGCAUCUGGAAGGAGUGCUUUGUAAAUACACGAACCUGCUUCAAGGCUGGCAGAACAGAUACUUUGUUCUGGACCCAGAGUUGGGGCAGCUGCAGUACUUUGUCAACGAGCACGUGAAGAACCAGAAGCCUCGGGGUUCGCUGCCCCUGAUUGGAGCGGUCGUGGCGCAGAGCGAUGAGGCGCCCCAUAUGUUCACAGUCCACUCGACCAACGGAGAGCUGUACAAGCUCAGAGCAUCUGAUGCCAAGGAGCAGCAGUUCUGGAUGAAUCAGCUGCAAACCUGUGCCAGACGCCACUCUGACAGCAGUGCGAAGUUGCGAAAGCUGAAGGGGUCUGAUGAGCACCUCUAUGUGGAGAAGACAGGGAAUGGGCAGGAGGGACUGGCCUCCUCCUCUUCCUCGUCUGGGCGGACCCACAGCUUUGUUUUCCUCCCCCCCUCCUCUUCUCCUGGGACACAGAGACACCCGGCCCACUCUGGGGCCCCCAAUAACAUCGUUACCAUCACCCAUCACAAGUCUCCUGCCGCCGCCCGCAGGGCUAAAAACCAGUAUCCUGGGAGGCUAAUGGAGGUCAAAGAGAUCAUGACCCAGGUGGAGGGCCAGCAGAAGAACCUGGUGCACUCCAUCGAGUCCCUGCCCACUCGCGGGCCGCUGUCCUGCCUGGACCAGGACCUUCUGCUGCUCAAGGCCACCUCGGCCGCCACCCUCAGCUGCCUGGGGGAGUGCCUGAGCAUCCUGCAUCAGAACGUCACCCAGGUGACCCAACAGAACCAGAACCGCGGCCCACCCCCCGACGCUGGCCCUGAUUGGCCGGAACCGAAGUCGCCGGCGGCACCGCGGAUGAAGAACGGAAGCCUGAGCUCCCUGCACUCGGCCGAGCCCUCCCCCGCCCUCCGCAAGAAGAGCCUACCCCCGGGCGCGGAGCACCCUGGCGUGGAGGCCUUCAGCCCCAGUGAGGAGGUGACGGACACAGAGGACAACGAGGAGGAGGACCUAGGCGUGAUGGACGACCAGCGGAGUGUCAUCCUGCACCUGCUGUCGCAGCUCAAACUGGGCAUGGACCUCACCAGGGUGGUACUGCCCACGUUCAUCCUGGAGCAGCGCUCCCUGCUGGAGAUGUACGCGAACUUCAUGGCGCACCCGGACAUGUUCCUGUCCGUCACGGCGGCCAGCAGCCCCGAGGACCGCAUCGUCAGCUUUGUGGAGUACUACAUGACCGCCUUCCACGAGGGCCGCAAAGGCGCCGUGGCCAAGAAGCCCUACAACCCCGUGCUGGGCGAGACCUUCCACUGCUCCUGGGAGGUGCCCAGAGACCGCGUCCGGCCCCCCAGGACUCACAACUCGGGCCCCGGGGCCCGGGACCCCGCCGGCUGCUACAGGGUGCGCUUCGUGGCCGAGCAGGUGUCGCACCACCCGCCCGUCUCCGGCUUCUACUGCGAGUGCCAGGAGAGGCGCGUGUGCGUCAACGCCCACGUGUGGACCAAGAGCAAGUUCAUGGGCAUGUCCAUCGGAGUGUCCAUGGUGGGCGAAGGGGUCCUAUGCCUUCUGGAGCAUGACGAGGAGUAUGUCUUCACCCUGCCCAGUGCCUACGCCCGCUCCAUCCUCACCGUGCCCUGGGUGGAGCUGGGUGGCAAAGUCUUCAUCAACUGUGCUAAGAGUGGUUACUCUGCCACUGUCACAUUCCACACCAAGCCUUUCUAUGGAGGGAAGGUACACAGGGUGACAGCUGAGGUGAAACACAACCCCACCAAUACAAUCGUGUGCAAGGCCCAGGGGGAGUGGAACGGAACGCUGGAGUUCACCUAUAGCAGUGGAGAGACCAAAGUGAUUGACACUGGCAAACUGCCAGUCUUCAGGAAGAAGCUCCGACCGGUGGAGAAGCAGGGAAGAUCUGAGUCGAGGCGGCUGUGGCAGAAGGUUACCAUGGCGCUGAAGGAGGGGAACAUCGACAUGGCCACGGAGCAUAAGCACUGUCUGGAGGAGAGGCAGCGGGAGGAGGAGAAGCAGCGGCUCGCCAGCAACACGCCCUGGAAACCCACAUACUUCACCAAAGAGGGGGAAGGCUGGGUGUACCACAACCCUCUGUGGAAGACACACUGACGCGAGGAGAGCGCACCAUCGCUGGCCGUCGGAGAGCCCUGCGUAGAGCGGGGGUGGGGGCCGGUGGGGGCCGGUGGGGGCCGGGGAGGGACGAGGCGAAGCGGGGUCACAGAGGAGCCGCUGAUAACGGCCCUUCCUCUGGACUUGAGAGCUGACUGACAGGCAGCCUCACCGUGGGAGGCACAGAGACACUGUACUCUAACCGCGUGCCACACGCACCUUCUCUUCCACCUGGGAGGAGAUUUGAGGUGGAGGAGCAGGGAAGUGAGAGGAUGUUUUUUUUAUAGGUACAUAUAGAAUAUUUCUAUUUUUCACAUUGUUGAGACUUUUUUUGCACGUGUAAUGUACAGAGUGAUUUGCCACUGGUGUGUCUUUGGUCUUUCCCUCCGAUGACAUCAUGGUUAGUGCCACUUUAAGUGCUGCCCACUGCAGUGAACUCAAGAACAUCCCAGGCCGUGGUUCGUCAUCAGGAAGUGGAAGUGUAUGUGGAGCAUACUUCCUGUGUAGAGCAGCUGUUGUCAAGGUGAACUCCACUGUGUCCUAGUCCAAAGAAGCCUUGUUCUGCCACUUUUCAAUUUUCCAGAGGUUUUCUUGUCCAUUUGAGGGCAAGUGGAUCCCCUAUUCUCUGCUGUCAGAAGUAUAGCAUAACUCCAGUCCUACCUACUGACACAAGGAUACUGUAGCCCUGAUCAUUUUAGCCACAGGACAUUAGUUUCAGUGAAUACAUUUCCAUAAUCCUACUGAUGUUAAAAUGUGUAAUUUUCUGGCUACAAAUCUAGCAGUAUUCCACUAAUAUAUGUAAUUUUAUGCAUAUACCCUGGAAUGAAUUUAAAAUGACAUGUAACCUUAGGACAUAUGCUUCAGUAUAUGUUAAAAUGCAGUUAAAUAAUAAUAGGAAAUGUACCAACCGUUGGACGGUAUGUUCUUUGUUUCCUAUUUUAUAUUGUAUUACCGUUCAAGUGAUUUGCUGUUUGGAGGAAACUUCAGUAGGCCUUUUUGUGUGGUGGUUUUACAGCCUAAGCUCGACAGGUAGGAGGAAAUGGAUUGCUGUAACCGAGGACGUUUCCGGGAGCCAGAGAACGGAACGGGCCCUUCUUCCAGUUUUACAUGGAAAAAAUGUGAUGGGAUUCAAGAACGUUCCAGAUGACAUAAAGACCGACUUAGUUAAAGGUACAAUAGGUCAUUUUGGACUCAUUUUGGACUUUUGUGACACCCUCAAGUCACAAGACCGUUUAUCCCUCCCCCUUCUCUGUGGACGCGCUGAUGUUGAAACACCAUUGGCUGUGGAAAUUGGAACCAAUUUUCAACCAGUUGUACCGCUGUACAAUGUUUUGGUACAGAUUGUCAGUGUGUCAACUGUAUAUUUUGAAACCUGAAUUUAAGGACUAUAAACACAGGCAGCGGGUGAAUAAACAUGUCAGUGACCCAUUUUUAAUGACAGGAAGGGAUGAUGUUUUAACACAAAAAUCUUACCUAUUGUACCUUUAAUGAUUUUAGCAUGUGGAAUUUUGUUCCGAAUGCCCUUUGGCCUAGAUUACUUUUGAAAGGCAGCCAGUUUCAGAUGAGGAUGAUUAAUUGGGAGACGUGGGUGAUAAGCGUGUAAUUAAACGGGCAGUCUAAGGGAAAUUAAACGGCCACCUUGUCAAUCACAAGUGCACCGCCCUUUACAUGAGACAUUGCCCCUGUUGAUAACCUGAAGUUGUAGUUAAAUGUAUUUUUCCACAAACAAUAUACAUAUUAAGUAUUAGAAUUUAGACAAAGCAACGAUGGAACAGGAUGUGAAGUGCAUUACAGGGUUUGGUGCCUGUGCUGUCCAAUGUCAGCUGUAACUAAGCAACACGGUUUCACUUUCUUUCCCUGGUGAGUAUACUCGGCUGUUUGAGUGUGUUAUGCAGGUCAACUGACUGACUGAGUUUGUGCCAUAUUAUCAAAGUAAAAAUGAAAUGAACAGCAGUUCACUGUAACUGCUGCCAUAUAUGCUGAAAGUACUAAACAGCUUGCCUUGAGGAAGAGUGUUAUACCUACAGUGACCCACCCAAUAUUAUUGAAGUUGUAUUAGGAAGUGGGAGUUAGUCAGAUACUUCACCUAUUCACAUUAAAUAACAAGCUUGAGCACCGCACCACAUAAAUCUGGAUCUACAGAUGAGCUGCUCAGAUCUUCUGAAACCGAAAGUCAAUUACCGUGUGCUUGAACUUGGCGGUGUUAUGUUAUUUCACUAUGAGAUAUAUUUUUGAUGAUCAUGAUAACGAUGAUGGUGUUAGAGAAGUAUGUAAUGCAGCUUCUUCAUAUUAUUUGAUUUUUCCUGAAUUAAUUGAUGUUUUUUGGGGGGGCCGACCUGUUGAGCACUUCUAUACACACUAGAGCCGAGGGGCUACCAGUAUUAGGGUCAGGACCAUUUCCCCUACCCCUCAUGUUGGGUCUGUAUGGCCUAAAGAUGAGGUAUUCAUUUCACUUGAAGGUAAAUGGUAAGGAACCCAAAGAAAUUGUGCUGAAUUAAUAUUCAUACAAAUAAAUAUUUCACCAUAAUUAUAUUCAUUCAGCAUUUACAAUCUGAUGUUGAAAUACAAGGUAGUUUAACCAACAACCUUCUGGCGGCAAAUUGUGAUUACUUCAACAUGUCAACUGUGGUCGAUUUGCACCUUGGGAAGCUGAACUGUAUUGUCAGGGGGAAGGGAAGGGCGUAUAUGCUGUAGCUGUGAGUGGUGAGCCGUGUCUUGAAUGUAUGUAAAACUAUGAGGGAAUGAAGUUGUCUGUACAGCACGGUAAUGUAUUCAAAUAGCUUGAACCAAACUUCUCUCACCUGAGUAGAACCUAUGCAACACCAGAAAUAUAGUAGCUGGGUGAGGGUUGGUUUAAAAUAAAUACACCUUGGCAAUCACA